AUGAAAAAUCCUUCAGCAGCACAUAUUGAUAAAAUAAUAAGUGCAGAAAUUCCAGACAUCAAUGUUGACCCUGAUGGCUAUAAUGCAGUAAAAAAGUUUAUGAUUCAUGGACCAUGUGGAAAGCUCAAUACAAAGUCUCCAUGUAUUCGUGUUGAGAAAAAGAAUAUCUUAUUAGGUAAUCGUUAUGUUGUCCCUUACCAUAGAAAUUUAAUAGUCAAAUUCGAUGCACAUAUUAAUGUUGAGCUUUGCAAUUACUCAAGAUCCAUAAAAUAUCUUUUUAAGUAUGUCCAUAAAGGGUCUGAUAAAACAACUGCAACAGUGCAAUCAAUCGACAACACCGAAGGGAUAGACGAGAUUAAAACAUAUCUUGAUUGCAGAUACAUCUCAGCAACUGAAGCUUGCUGGAGAAUCUUCCAAUUCGACAUACAUUAUCGAAAGCCAUCAGUUGAAAGAUUGCCAUUCCAUUUACUUGGAGAGCAUACAGUGAUAUUCGGAGAAGAUAAGUGCCCUGAAAAUGUUCUUGGCACACCUGGAGUAGACAAAACAAAGUUUACUGAAUGGUUAGAGACAAACAAGAAUAACGAGGAUGCUCGGGAGCUAACUUAUUCUGAUUUCCCUACAUGUUGGGUUUGGAAUUCGAAAGAUAAAAUAUGGACAAGAAGAAAACAAGGUAUUGCAAUUGGAAGAAUAUACUUUGCACACCCUUCAACAGGAGAACGCUUCUACAUGAGAAUGAUGCUAAAUUUUGUGAAAGGAUGCACUUCUUACGAAAGUAUCAGAACAGUGAACGGAGUCACAUAUUCUACUUUCAAAGGUGCAUGUUAUGCUCUCGGAUUAUUAGAUGAUGAUAAAGAAUGGAUUGAUUGCUUGACUGAAGCUACACUUUGGGCCACUGGAAAUGAAUUAAGGCAUCUUUUUGUAACAAUCCUCAUUAAUUGUCAGGUUUCUGAUGUCACAAAACUUUGGAAAUCAAACUACACCACAUUGUCAGAAGACAUUACUGCAUUACAAAGAAAAAGAUUCAAGAUGAAGGAUCUUCAGCUAAAUGAUCAACAAGUUGAAGCAUACACAUUGUUUGAAAUUGAAUUAAUUGCAAAGCUCAGAUCAGAAUCAAAGAUAGUCUUGCCUGUUGCAACUUCAGGCAUAGCAGCCUUAUUAUUGCCUAAUGGCAGGACCGCUCAUUCACGAUUUCAUAUUCCCUUGGAGGUUACAGCUGAGUCAACAUGUGAAAUUCGACAUGGCACCCUACUAGCUGAACUCUUGAUGCAGACUUCUUUGAUCAUUUGGGAUGAAGCACCAAUGGCAAAUAAGUAUUGCUUUGAGGCUUUAGAUAAGACCUUAAGAGAUAUUCUAAGAACAAGGUAUGAGAAUAGCACUACCAAACCUUUUGGAGGACUUACAAUAAUAUGCGGCGGAGAUUUUCGGUAA